AUGGCGCCCUCCACCGUCCUCCUCAUUCUCUUGCCGCUCUUUGGUCUCCAGAUGAUGCUGGUUGCCAAGCCAACGCCGCGGUGCCGUCCUCUGACAGGAAGAGUGGUUACGGGAGCCCACCAUCUACUCAACGCCACGGGACCGAAAUUUCCUCUCCACUGCCGGCCGGUCAACGCCAAUAUCUCCUUUCCAGACUCCACCCUCCCCACCACUGCAGCCAAUCGAUCUCAGUGUCCCCGAGUACUGUGGGUCGUCUACAAGUUACUCGAAGGCAUGUGGCUGACGUACGAGGAACACGAGCUACCUGUGGGAGAUGGCGGAGUCAACUGGGACGAGAAGAAACUCGAAGAAUUCUUCACCCUGCAGGACCGUCUGCAGGAUGAGGGUCGCUGUGUGAGUACCAGAGCCCAUCUCAGUAGAACCGCCUCAGUCAUUGUGGUCUCUCUGCCCUCGGAUGAGGAAGCAUCAGGUCUGCUGUCGUCGUACUUCAGUAACGUCACAGCAGUCAUUGAGCAGCAGGACAGUGCAGCGUGUGGUUGGGAGGCUCUGAGGAGAGAUGUGAUCUGGGUCCUAAAGUCCACCCAGCAGAUACACAGGUCCUGCUUCAACUGGAGCCACGCCCAAUGA